UGACGCAUCUCUGUGACGUCAUCCCAAGAGAUGCUAGAGGCAGCGGAGUACCUUUCUCCACAGCCACCGUUAUAUUCAAAGCACAUUCAUCCAUCAGCUGAUCACUUCCGAGCAAAACAAGCAAACACAUUUAAAACAAAAACUAAACUCCCUUUGUCUCUUCAUCCUAUCUUUGCAUGUAAAGAUUUGCCAUCAGAGAAGUGUGAGGAGAAAUAUAGCGAUAUUUUAAUAUAGGAUUGUCUCCCAUUGGAAUCAUAGGAGCUACCAAAACGGGUCCUAAUACACUGGAGUCCUUUACAGCCGACGCAAUUGGGCGGUUAAGAACUCCCAACGCUUCUUGGAGGUGGAGGUAUAUGCGUGAAGCAGAAGGUGGUGGUCUUUUAUUAAGACUUUUAAUUAUCUCUAUGAGAUCUUCCUGGACACGGUGACGAAACAAGUGCUCAGACAAUGGUGGUGGUCAAACGAGAUUCCAUGAAGAAGGCUUCCGAAGAAGCUACCAUGCCCACUCCACCCGAUGGUGGAUGGGGAUGGGUGGUGGUUUUUGCUUCUUUUAUGAUCCACGUGGUGGCCGAUGGUGUCACCUAUACCUUUGGAAUAUUUUACUAUGAGUUUUUAAAGUAUUAUGGUGAAAGUAAAGGCACAACAGCAUGGGUCGCCUCCAUUAUGGUUGGCACCACCUACUGCAUAGGCCCUAUUGCCAGUGGACUCACAAACAGAUAUGGCUGCCGUGCAGUCACCAUUGCGGGGUCCAUACUUGCUGCUGCAGGUCUCAUGCUAAGCACUCUGGCCCCAAAUGUGCUCACCCUCUAUUUUACUAUCGGAAUUUUAACAGGUGCUGGACUUGGUCUUAUGUACCUUCCUUCCAUAGUUAGCGUUACAUGUUAUUUCGAGAAACAACGUGCCUUUGCAACAGGAAUAGCAGUAUGCGGUUCAGGCAUGGGCACUUUUGCAUUAGCACCACUGACUGAGUAUUUAGUAGAAAUGUACGGAUGGAAAGGGUCAAUGCUUAUAAUAGCUGCCAUGGUACUUAAUUGCACAGUUUUUGGAGCCUUAUUUCGCCCUUUAGAAGCCUCUUGCCCUCGGAAAAAAGUACUUCCAGUCAUAAAGAACCCAGAAUUACCGAAACUUAAGCUAAGCAAUGGCACUCUGAGCAACGGAAGAUUAUCGGUCACAGAAGAUGGAAUCAGUCCGUCGACACCUCUAAUGUUCCAAGCUAAUGGACAUGCCACAACAGAAGGAGAAUCGAAAAAACACUCUGAAGACACAGUUUCUAAUGAUUCAAGACUUACCAAUGGCUUUAUAAAUCACUCUAAAUCUUUGGACAUAACUCCAAAGAUGAUGCUUCCGCCAGGGUAUAGCACAAACCCUUCCACGCCCUUAGAAGCUAAUAGUGUCAGUAAAGAUAAUAUUCUUAGAUCUAAUGGCUGCACUCAUGAUAAGAAGACAGAUUCGACUCUUAGGAAUAGUUUAAUGCUGCCAACGGAUUUCCUUCGUAGAAAAGUGGAAGGAACUCCCUUAUCGAGCUUUGUAUGUUCUUCGGCUUCCCUGGCCCAAACCCACAAAGAACUUUCUCAGUUGGAAUAUUCUUGUUCACAGUCCCAUCAUGGAGGUCUCAUGUACAGAAAAGAUAUUUUUUACAGUGGAAGUUUGGUUAGUCUGGCUAAAUAUAGAUCACAUCCUAACAUUUCAUAUUCUUCUGUAUGGGAUAAUUCGGAAGGCGAAUCGAAGAGAAGUCGAUUCAAAUGCUGUCCUAAAGAAAUGCGAGAUGCUCUUGGAGAAAUGACAAAUUUCUCACUUCUGAAGAAUCCUGUUUUUCUCUUGUUUGCCGUUUCCAAUUUUUUAACCAGCAUCGGAUUCAAUGUACCUUAUAUUUACACGAAGGACAGAGUCACUGAUUUGAAUUUGACCACCGCUGAAGAAGCCAGUUUUCUUCUAUCUAUAAUAGGAAUAUCCAAUACUAUUGGCAGAGUCACAUUGGGCUACUUAUCUGACAGAUCAUGCGCCAACCGAUUGUGGAUCUACAAUGUUAGUUUGCUCAUUUGUGGUUUGUCUACUGCUUUAAGCGCCUAUGCAUUGGACUAUUCUUUAAUGGCGACCUAUUGUGCAACUUUUGGAGCUACUGCAGGAGCUUACGUUAGCUUGACUUCAGUCAUUCUUGUUGAUCUCCUGGGCUUGGAUAAAUUGACUAAUGCAUUUGGUAUUUUACUGGUCUUCCAAGGAAUUUCGAGUCUUAUCGGUCCUCCGAUUACAGGUUGGCUGUAUGAUUUCCUGGGUUCUUAUGACCCGGGAUUCUUCAUGUCUGGUACCAUGAUUGCCAUCAGUGGUAUUAUGCUAUUCCUGGUGCCUUGUCUCCAAAAACCGCCCACUGUCCAUCUGCCAGAUCCCGAAGAUCCCAAACCUAAGACGGCAGAAACAUCUGCUUAAAAAUCAUUCAUCAGGUCAUUAACGCUGCAUACAACAGUUCCGGAUGGGUUGCUGUGACGGCUUUUCUAAGCACGCUUAUUCGAACUUUGCCAAAAAAUGGUUGGAAGAUUUCAACACAUACUACUAGCGCAACAAAUGUAAAAAAAAGAUGAAGCCAUAAAUUUCAAGAGUCUGAAAUAGAGGAUGUAUCAAACAGGGAUUGUUUCUAAUGUAUAAGUGUGCUUGAAACAACAAAAUAGUGUUCGUUUCGUUUAGCAAUUUUGUCAAAAAUUAAUGUCCUUAUUUUGUUGUUUCAAAUUUGCUGGCGUAUUAUUGUCUACACUCUUUUUUUGUGCCAAACUAGAGAUGGAAGUCUGGGGAAAAAAUGAGUCUUAUUUAUGCUUUCUCCUGAAAACAGCAAUCCAUGUCUUGCUGUUGAUGCACACUGUUUUGUAUCAUAUAGAAUCAUUGUUUAUCAUCAUACAUUUAGACCAAUGUUUAAAUCGUGAUAUUUUAUAUACCGCGUAUAUACUGUGAUGUUGAGUGAGUGCUUGUGUGUAUGAGUGUAUAAUUUUGGGCUUUAUUUCUUCUAUGAAAUGAUAAAAAAAAAGGUUAGAGAAUUAGUCUUAAACACUUGCAACUGUAUUUUAUGACUCUUAUACUAAAAAAGUUAUUUCUCUCUUGAUUGAAUGGUAUUUGAAAUAUAUCCGUGACUCAGUGUGCAUUUUACUUAAUUUUUGAAUUAUUUGAUCAACAAACUUUUUUCAGAAAUGCUAUAUUAAAAAUUGAUUUAAAAUAUAAAAUUAGUGUUUUUAAUAAUCGGUCAUAAAUUUUCUUAAAUGAAACUAGAAUUGAAUUUUGGUGAUAUUACGAAGUUGGGAAUUAUUAGAGUUUUCCUAAUUACAGCAACAAUUUUUUAAUGAUAAUUUAAAUAUUAUUUUUUACUUGUAUUAUAUUUUUUAAGUAACACUCUGAAUUUUGCAUGGUCGCUUCCGCAAAAUUUUCGUUGGGAUAUUUUAAGUUUUUAAAAUUACACCCGAUGAGAUUAAAGUUCAGAAUUAAUUUGGGAAAAUUAUAUUCACUAGUUUAUAGAUUCUUUAAAAUCGUGUACUGAAUUAACGUGUUUAGUCUGUCCGAACCAUAACGAAGAAAGUUUGAAUACGCAAUGGUCUUUACCAUUAAUAAUACACAGUAUACAAAAACAGAACUACAGUAAUGCACUAAACGCAAAGAUGCAUAGCAGAAAACUAUCAUGAGGUUCCAAAUUUUUUUUCUACAGCAUAAAGCUAGUUGCGCAUCAUCGCAUGUGUAAUCGGAUCGAUUUAGAUUGUAAAGGUAAUAUCAACAUGCGUCUAAUCUUCUAAGAUCUUGGUUGACAUUUACUUCUGCGGCUAUUUUAUAACCGAGAGCUUUAUGCAUCCACAAAAAAGAAAAAAAAACAAUAAUUGCUAGAGAGAUUUUUUUUUUGAAUAAAGUAUUGGUAUAUUUUUUCUAAUGCUCGCCCUUUCCAUUCACAUAAUAUCAGUGCCUCGACCUUGCCAUUCAUAUGAUGCCUCUUCCAAUCUUUAGCGCUCACAUAAUGUAAGUGCUCGACUUUGCCAUUCAUAUAAUGCCAGUUCCUGACCUUGCCGCUCACAUAAUGGCAGCGCUCAUAUUUGCCACCUUCUCUAUACUUCAGCCAUUCUUCACCUGCAAUAUCUCUUAAGUGAUCCUCCCUUAUUUUAUCCAGUAAGCCUGCCAAUAAUGCAAUUUAAGCAUUUCUGAACAUAAUUUCUUAUGUAAAAAUAGUAUAUCAUGUUUCGAUGGUCUAACACGUAAGAUUUCUACACGCUAUGUUGAGAUACCUUAACUAUUACUAAAUAUUAAACUAAGACAUAUCGUUUAAUUAUUUUUCAUUCAAUGCUAAUUAUAUACUUUAAAUUUAAUUAUUGUUUAUUUGUAUCUAAAGAAUUCUUUAAUAUAUAUAUAUAUAUCGAUACAUCAUCAGACAUCUCAAGUUGCUGUAGUUAAAUACUUUUUGGUGAGUGAACUAAAUAUUAAUCUUUUAGAACACAAUGCUUUCAUGAUAUAAUUAAUUAACGGUAUAGUUAUUUUUGAAUUGUAAAUUACUAUCAAUAUAUCUACGGAUUGCAUUGUUUAUUCUUUAUGCAGUGGAAAUUUCAAGUUCAAUUUUUUUAUUUCUGCAUAAAUUUAAAAAAAAUAAUAUCUUUUUUAAAAACAUUUUUUUAUAGAUCAUGUUUAGUGAAUGGAUUGUAUGUGCAUAAUGUUAUAUUUUAUGAAGUUUGAAUUUUCUGUAUUCUGUAAUGUUUAGAUUUAUCGUGUACUGUAAUUCUGUAGAUUAUUUUCUGUGAAGGACUUUUAUUUUAUGUAUAUCAACAUUUUAUUCUAUCUUCGCAUUAAUAUUUUUUUUGUAUAUGUAAAAUUCUCAAAACUGCGGGCAUUGAGAAUUUGGCGAUUUAAUGCUUACGAGUACGGAGAGUAUUGUGAAAAUUUUGCCGAAAUGCAAAUAAUUUUGUUUUUUAGGAAAUGUUUUUCUCGGAUACUUUUUUUCUGCUCUGGUACUAUAUAUCAAAAGCUGAAAAUAUUUGAAGCACACUGCAACGCUACUUUUAAUACUGUUUGCACAAAACAGUUGUGUAGUUAUAACUUUGUCACAAUUUUUUUUUAUAAAAUAUGGCGGAUCAAUAUGAAACCUUACAUUUUUGCAUAAUUUUAAAAGUAAACAUGAAAUUUAAUGCAAUAUAAUAAGUAUCCUCUUUUAAUUUUACACUUCAUUGAUUUCAUUUCUAAUAUUUAAAAUAUCUUUUCAUAAACUGUAAAAAUAAUAUUGGUUCUAAAAUUCAGAGCAUUGUAUACUAGAUAGAAAGUUUAUUAUGAAAUACUGUGCUCUGAAUACAUAAUUUACUAUCAAUUACUGGAUUUGAAAAAUGAUUUGGAAUAGCAACAACACCUUUUGUGCUAUAGUAUAGGGAUCUAUGUUAAUUAUAGCAUUAAAAUAUUUUUAAUACCUGGUAUACAUAAAAAUAAGUGUUAUUUCUAUUUAAAAAUGCAUGAAAUUCUGUAAUGUAUACAUCAUUCUGUCUUCAGUGAAGAUGAAAAUUGGCAAAAAAUACCUAUAAUAUGGUACAAAUAAAAGUCAU